UUUAUUAUUAUUGCGAGAGUUAGCAUGAAAAUACUUUAGUUGCCGGUUAGUGUGUCUGACACACUCGUGGUGGCGCGACCGAUUGACACAUUUCCCAUCAUGCAUUGCAGGAUUGGAGUACCUUCUUAUAUAUUAUCUUAACGAAGCCGGUCUCCUGUCUUACUCACUAUACAUUUUUUAGCCAUGUUUUUUUUGGUUUUAUUUGUGUAUCAAUCGUAGCAGUGACUGUUAUACUUAUUAUUUUAAUUUUUCUGUGCAACUCUUAUGUUAAUUUUACUGUCAUCGUAAAUUUAUCAUUAAUUUCCAGUGCAAUAAUUAUUUAUUUACAAUUUAUUAAUCUGACAACGACAGUUUUAACUCUCAGUUAAUUAAGUGAUCUCAUGUAAAUAAAUACGUGUUGUAAGCUCCCGCCAACAACGGCCAUUACCGUACCUGUAUAUAUUGUAAUUAACAUUUUUUGGAAAUAGUUUUAAAUCAAAACGAAAACGUGUACGUGGUUAAUAAAUAUACCUGUAUUAUUAUUGUGAAAGUUUUUUAACUUCAUUUAUUUAUAAGUUUUACGUACAGUCAGCAAUGCCAAAAAAGCGCAAAGGGGCCAAUUUAAGUUGUCGAACGAGCAGUUCUAGAGCCAUGCGAGAUUUAAGAGCACGAAGAUCAAACGAACAAAUUCAAGAACAAAAUCAACAAAGACAACUAGAGCGAAGACAAACUCGCAGACUCAUAGUCGACAGACAUAGAGGAAUUGACCAACAACGCCAACAAGUUCAUCGAGCAUUUACGUCAAAUUCAUUUCUUCGACUAGCAUUCCAGUACGAGCCUGAUGUUGAAUAUUAUGCUCAUUCCAAAGUGGUUAUUGGUACUUUGGAGAAGGAAUGCCUUCAUUGUCAUGCACUUAAAUUUAAAAAUGAGCCACUUGGGAUGUGUUGCUCAUCAGGAAAAGUACAACUAACCGAAAUUGAAACACCACCUGAGCCAUUGCAUGGUUUACUUAUUGUUACUGAUCCAGAUUCUAGCCUAUUCCUGAAGUCAAUUCGCACAUUCAAUUCAUGUUUCCAAAUGACAUCGUUUGGAGCAACAGAAAUAGUUAGCUAUGUUGCAGCAAAAGGUCAACAAUUUAAUUCCACGUUUAAAAUCAAAGGCCAAGUUUAUCACAAAGUGGGCUCAUUGCUGCCAAUGCCAAACGAAUCUCAUAAAUUUUUACAAAUAUACUUUAUGGGUGGCGAGGACUCCGAACGUGCACUCGCCAAUCGAGUGGAUGCACGUUGCGACUUCCAUAAUCUUAAUUCACCUUUUGCCAGGCGUAUCGUCAGUGAGCUAGACGCUCUGUUAAAUGAGCACAAUGAAUUAUUAAAAUUUUUCAAAGCACACAUGCACAAGCUACAAAGUGACAAUCACGCUAUUGUCAUCAAUCCUGAUAGAACACCAGCUGGAGAGCAUGUACGUAGAUUCAACGCACCUGUUGUUGAAGACGUUGCUGGAAUCAUAGUUGGCGACCGUACAGCUAUGCGACAAAUCAUGACUCGAAGAAGAAAUAAUGAUCUUCAGUUCAUCAGUGAUACCCAUCGUUCAUAUGACGCUCUCCAAUAUCCACUAAUUUUCUGGAAGGGACAAGAUGGAUAUUGUGUAAACAUUAAACAACGAGAUCCCGUAACAGGAGCUGAAACAUAAAAACGUUAGCUCGAAAGAUUUUUGUUCAUAUCGUUUGAUGAUUAGACGCGGCCAAGACAACAUCAUUUUACGAUGUCGUGAGCUUUGCCAACAAUUUAUGGUCGACAUGUAUGUGAAGAUAGAGAGUGAACGACUAAGAUACUUUCGAUAUAAUCAACAGAAGCUGCGUGCGGAAGAAUAUAUUCACUUGCGAGAUGCUAUUGCGAAUAACGCUGACACUGCCGAAAUUGGUAACUCUGUUAUCUUACCAUCAUCGUACAUAGGUAGUCCACGUCACAUGCAAGAAUACAUACAGGAUGCUAUGACUUUCGUGCGUGAAUAUGGACGACCGUGUCUUUUUAUUACUUUUACAUGUAAUCCAAAAUAGCCGGAAAUUACAUCGUUGCUAUUACCAGGACAACAUGCAAUACAUCGUCAUGACAUUAUAGCACGUGUGUUUAAACAAAAAUUAAAGUCUUUAAUCAACUUUAUUACCAAAUUGCAUGUAUUUGGCCCCACACGUUGUUGGAUGUAUUCAGUUGAGUGGCAAAAGCGUGGAUUACCUCAUGCUCACAUUUUAAUUAGGUUGGUCGACAAAAUACGUGCUGAUGACAUCGAUAGUUUGAUUUCUGCAGAGAUUCCAGAUCCGUCUACUGAUCAAUUACUAUUUGAUAUUGUUACUACAAACAUGAUUCAUGGUCUGUGCGGAAAUCUGAAUCCUUCAUCACCUUGCAUGGUGGACGGAAAAUGUACAAAGCGUUUUUCUAAAGAUUUUACUAACGAUAUGGUCACACAUGUUAACGGAUAUCCAAUAUAUCGUCGAAGAAGUACCGAAAAUGGCGGACAAUCUUUCGUUAAAACUAUCAACAAGGCAGACAUCGACAUUGAUAAUCGUUGGGUGGUACCAUAUUCAUCUUUGCUGAGCAAAACAUUCGAUGCUCAUAUUAAUGUUGAGUUAUGCAGUUCGGUGAAGAGUAUCAUGUAUAUUUGCAAGUAUUUGCAUAAAGGAAGUGAUAUGGCUGUAUUUAGGGUUGAAAAUACUAAUGUUCACUCUCCUCCAGUGAACGAAAAUGAUGAAAUUACGAUUUACCAAAUUGGCAGGUAUAUCAGUUCCAAUGAAGCUGUCUGGCGCAUUUUCGGUUUCCCAAUUCAUGAACGGGAUCCAGCAGUUAUCCAUUUAGCUGUCCAUCUUGAAAACGGCCAGCGCGUAUAUUUCACCAACGAUACAGCGCUUGAUCGUGCUAUAAAUCCACCAAAAACUACGCUCACCGAAUUUUUUGAACUGUGCAAUCGUGCGGAUGCUUUUGGUGCCUUUGCACAAACACUACACUAUUCUGAAGUUCCACAGUAUUUUACAUGGACUCAGUCGAAACAAUGGAUGGUUUAUUCAAAUCAAAUAAUUUGGGUUGUGUAUAUACAGUCAAUCCAAGGCAAACUGAGUGCUUUUAUCUGCGACUAUUGUUAGUUAAUGUCACCGGACCAUUGUCAUUUCAAGAUAUACGGAAGGUAGAUGGACAACAGUAUCCUACGAAUAAAGAUGCAUGCCUUGCUCUAGGCUUGCUAGAAGAAGACAACCAUUGGGACAGUAUGCUUGCUGAAGCAGCAUUAAACUGCACAGGAAAACAAAUUCGUCUACUAUUUGCUAUAGUAUUGACUACAUGUUUCCCGGCCCGAGCACAAAUGUUGUGGGAUAAUCACAAAGAUUCAAUGACUGAUGAUAUAUUGUAUCGACAUCGUACAAGGUGCAACGAUCUAGCAAUAUCAUUCAGUGAUGCAAUGUACAAUAAAGCAUUGAUUGCUAUCAAGGAUCUUUGCAUUGCUAUUGCGAAUUUACCAAUCAGUCAUUUCGGUAUGAGCUCACCGAAUCGAAGUGCAUCUGAUUUACUCAACACAGAUAUGAAUCGUGAACUACAGUACGAUACUGUAGAAAUGGCAAGCAUUGUUAGUCGCAAUGUUCCACUACUAAAUGAUGAACAAAAAAUUAUCUACGACCGCAUCAUGCUGGCAGUUUCGGCAGGACAAGGAGGAUUCUUUUUUUUAGAUGCACCAGGUGGAACUGGCAAAACAUUCCUUAUUUCGGUACUUCUUGCCGAAAUACGAUCAAAAAAUGGCAUCGCAUUGACCGUUGCAUCUUCUGGCAUUGCAGCUACUUUAUUAGAUGGAGGCAGAACAGCUCAUUCAGCAUUUAAGCUGCCGUUGAACAUUCAAAAUAAUCCAGAUGCAGUGUGCAACAUAAAAAAAACAAUCGUCUAUGGCCACAGUGGUGAAACAAUGUAAAAUUAUUAUCUGGGAUGAAUGCACUAUGGCACACAAACAUUCGCUUGAGGCAUUGGAUAGGACAUUAAAGGAUAUAAAAAACAACGAUAAACUAUUUGGCGGCACUUUGUUACUCCUUUCAGGUGAUUUCAGACAAACACUUCCUGUUAUUCCACGUUCAACGUGGGCUGAUGAAAUUAACGCUUGCUUAAAAUCAUCGCGACUAUGGCGUAAUGUUGAAAAAGUACAACUUACGGUGAACAUGCGCGUUCAAAUGCUUCAGGAUCCAUCCGCCGAAACAUUCUCUAAACAACUGUUAGAUAUUGGCGAUGGGAAAGUUGCUGUACAUGAAAAUACUGGAUGCAUAAAAUUACAGAUGAACUUCUGCACAAUCAUCGACUCGCAAAAUACUCUUAUCGAUCACAUAUUUCCCGACGUACACACACAAUAUGAAAAUCAUAAGUGGCUGGCAGAAAGAGCGAUCUUGGCAGCUAAAAAUGUGGACGUCAAUGGGUUAAAUUUAAAAAUACAACAGCUGUUGCCUGGGGACUUGGUGUCAUACAAAUCUAUCGAUGCAGUUUGCGAUACCAACCAGAUUGUGAAUUAUCCAAUUGAGUUUUUAAAUUCAUUGGAUUUGCCAGGCAUGCCACCACAUCAUUUACAAUUAAAGGUUAGAUCUCCGAUUAUUCUGCUUCGUAACUUAAACCCACCACAGCUAUGUAAUGGCACACGAUUAGUCAUUAAAAAAUUAAUGAAAAACGUUAUUGAAGCCAUCAUCUUGAAUGGCAAGUUUCAAGGCGAGAAUGUGUUGCUGCCACGAAUCCCUAUGAUUCCCACAGAUAUGCCAAUUGAAUUCAAACGCACUCAAUUCCCAAUUAGAUUGGUAUUCGCUAUGACGAUCAAUACGUCACAAGGACAAACAUUGUCUGUAUGUGGCUUAGAUUUGGAAACACCGUGCUUUUCUCACGGACAACUAUAUGUAGCAUGUUCUCGCGUGGGAAAACCAUCCAGUUUGUUUGUGUUGGCUAAAGACGGACUAAUCAAGAAUAUUGUACACUCUAUUGCGCUGAGAGAUUAAUUUUUUUUUUUUCAACUGCCAUAAUUGAUAGUAAAAAUAUGAAUAAUUAUUUUUGAUGUUUAAAUAGCUAUCAAGGAUUGUAAUUUAAAAUAUAUUCGUUACUUUAAUAAAGAUUACUUUAUUAACCUAAAUAAAACAUACUUUUAUUGUUUA